CAGGGCUACAUUCUACCCACCCCAAUAGCAUUCUACUCUUACAACUGACGCUGCGCAUUCCUACUCUGUCUUACACCAGGCAGUACAUUCGUUAAACACAAACAUCUUAGGCUAUAAACGGCACAAUCCCGUGCUCUUUGGCAACACUAUCGCAUACUCACCGGUGCCCCCAAUGGCCCAACUCACAGACCUACCCAACGAAGUGUUGGAGCUCAUAUACCGCGCUCUUGGAAGUAUUGACGACGUCCACCACUUGAUUCGAACAUGCAGGACAACAUCCCGUGUCACGUGCCAGCGAAACGUCUAUCUCGACAUCAUGCGUUCUAUCAUUCAUCAUUCCCCACAGCACAGACGUGACUACCAGUUAAACAAGAUACUAGCCGUCCAUGCGCAUUUCGUUGCUUGUCUUUUGGGAAAAACAACAGGGUUGCGAGCCACCAAACAUCCACUGUCAGCUUUGAAUGACCACGAGGUGAGCAUUAUAGAGGCUCUUUAUCUGAAUCCUCGCCAAGCUAAUUGGUCGGAUAUGGCGAUAUGUGAUGUCCUGGCUCGCUAUCAAGGUUUGCGCGUAUUAGAGGACAUUUGGUUGAGCAGGCAACUUGAAGAACAGGAUUACCUUUCCACAAACGAUGUCAGAGAUCACCAGGAGUUCUCUGGUAAGUUUGCUACCCUUGUCGCUCGUGCCGAUGAGUUCGCAGAGGGACAACUACAAAGACGGCACCCGAAAGACAAGCACACUCAUUUCUACAAGAGCAUGAACCCCGACCAAAGAGCUCGAUUCUAUGCUACUGUUAUUCGCAUCUGGCUUAUGAACGAGGUUCGAUGGAUGCUGACGAACUUCGACUGCACCAAAAAGCUCUUGGAUCCCUGCAAAAGGAUGAUUAAAUACAACGUGCAGGAUACGUCUCUGGUUGAAGGACUGGAUGAAUGCGCCGUUUUUGCCUUUAUGUAUCAUCAUCUACUCCCGAGAAACAUCAAAUUCUUGGCGGAUAGGAACUCAUCGAAGCUACCAUUUACAUUCGAGUCAGAUUUCCGCAAGGAUAAUGCCCAUUGUUGCAGAUUACUCCAGGCAUGUCUGACGGCAGCGCAAGCCCACUUUCAACCGCCUGAUUUGAUUGAUCUCGCUAUUCGCUCGAGACUCAGCCGCCAGCCGCCUUACCCAGCUAUGACGAUGCCGGAGUCAAGUGAGGAAUGGAGGCACCCGCAGUCCACGAACUCUCCGCCCUACAUGAACCUCUGUGAUAAAUACAUGACCCUGAUGGUACUGCGAGUCUGCGUUCGUCACCUCCACAGGAUUGGGUGGUCUUCGAUUCACGAUGAUGUUAAUCAUAUGGCUCGCGUACAGAAUAUGGUGCAGCUCUCCUACUACCCGCUUGGACAGAGGCUUUUAGAUGUUCCUGACUGGGCGAUGAUAUACCUUGUUCAUCGAGUGAUUUGUGGGUUUGAAAAGGACAAGUCGUGCCAGGAAGGCUUGAAGGACAUGAAUAGUAUAUUCCAGAAGGAAUGGCAGAAGGUCCAGUGGGAGGUAUGGUGGUGGGCGAACAGCGAUGAUAAGGCAAGAAUGAAAAUGGAGAGAUGGCGGCAGGUGCAAGCUACCACUGCCCCAGUGACAAUGGGUUGGCAUUGACGUAGUUUAGCAUAACACAAGGUUGAUAAGUGAGAUGUUGUACGCC